AUGGGCAGGAGGAUGCGGGACGCCGCCGCCGCCGCCGCCGCCGCGGGGCUCUGGCUGCUGGCGCUGGGCUCGCUACUGGCGCUGUGGGGCGGGCUCCUGCCGCCGCGCACCCAGCCGCCCGAAGACCGACUCCCCCGGCGCCCGGCCCGGAGCGGCGGCCCGGGGCCCGCGCCUCGCUUCCCCCUGCCCCCGCCCCUGGCGCGGGACGCCCGCGGCGGCUCCCUGAAAACUUUCCGGGCGCUGCUCACCUUGGCGGCCGGCGCGGACCGCCCGGCCCGGAGGCCCCCGGGCGAGCGCGGUCGGCACGUGCCAGCCGGGCGGCCCGGGCCCGAGGGGCGCGCCGCGGUGCACGGGGGCGUCUUCUGGAGCCGCGGCCUGGAGGAGCAGGUGCCCCGCGGCUUCUCGGAGUCGCAGGCGGCGGCGUGGCUGGAGGCGGUGCGCGGCGCCCGGGUGGUGGCCCUGGAGCGCGGCGGCUGCGGGCGCAGCUCCAACCGGCUGGCCCGCUUCUCCGACGGCACCCGCGCCUGCGUGCGCUACGGCAUCAACCCCGAGCAGAUACAGGGCGAGGCCCUGUCCUACUACCUGGCGCGCCUGCUGGGCCUCCAGCGCCACGUGCCGCCGCUGGCACUGGCCCGGGUGGAGGCUCGCGGCGCUCAGUGGGCGCAGGUGCAGGAGGAGCUUCGUGAGGCUCACUGGACGGAGGGCAGCGUGGUGAGCCUGACGCGCUGGCUGCCCAACCUCACGGACGUGGUGGUGCCCGCGCCCUGGCGCUCCGAGGACGGCCAGCUGCGGCCCCUGCGUGCCGCCGGGGGCGAGCUGGCCAACCGCAGCCAGGCGGAGCUGGUGGACCUGGUGCAGUGGACCGACUUGAUCCUUUUCGACUAUCUGACGGCCAACUUCGACCGGCUCGUCAGCAACCUCUUCAGCCUGCAGUGGGACCCGCGCGUCAUGCAGCGCGCCACCAGCAACCUGCACCGCGGCCCCGGCGGGGCGCUGGUCUUUCUGGACAACGAGGCGGGCUUGGUGCACGGCUACCGGGUGGCGGGCAUGUGGGACAAAUAUAACGAGCCGCUGCUGCAGUCGGUGUGCGUGUUCCGCGAGCGGACAGCGCGGCGCGUCCUGGAGCUGCACCGCGGCCAGGACGCGGCCGCCCGGCUGCUGCGCCUCUACCGGCACCACGAGCCUCGCUUCCCGGAGCUGGCCGCGCUCGCCGACCCCCACGCUCAGCUGCUGCAGCGCCGCCUCGACUUCCUCGCCAAGCACAUUUUGCACUGUAAGGCCAAGUACGGCCGCCGACCGGGGACUUAGCGUCCCCCGGAAGAAGAGGGAGAGACCCCUGGCUGGGGAGUGGAUGAUGGGGGAAGGGCCGUCGCCUCGGCCACCGCCUGGGACCGGCCAACGCCCAGCCAGCGGCCCCAGCGGAAUGGAGGCUGAAACUUCACGGCUUCACCCACCUGCCCCUUUCUCUCAGCCUCGCGCUGUUUCCUUUCAAAGUUCGGGGAGGACGAACUCACCGGGGCGAGAAGUGUAACAGCCCCUCCGCCCAGCCUAUAAAAGGAUUCUGCCCUGCAUCCGCACGGAGUUUGGAUCCGAAGAAACUGGCGGCCGGAGUCUGGCCCCCGGCUGGCCGUCUCCGUGGGAGAUGCAUCCCAUUCCCUGACCCCCUCAUUCCCCUUUCCGAAAAAGGAAAACUUCUAUUUGAGCCGUUGAGCUAAUCGUGCAUUUCCCUCCAAACGCCGCGCUGGUGGCCCCGGAGCAGGGCUGUGACAUUGGCUGGUGGAGCCCCCUUCCUGUGUUCUGCCUUUGUUCCAGCACCGCUCACGGUGAGA